CCCCGACGGGCGGGCACGCUGCUCGGGGCCCUGAGGCGGGACCCGCGUCUCUCUCCGCAGCGUCGCCAUGGCCUCGGUGUUCGGGAAGCCCCGCGCGGGCGGCGGGCCGCAGAGCGCGCCCCUCGAGGUCAACUUGGCCAUCCUGGGGCGCCGCGGGGCGGGCAAGUCCGCCCUGACCGUGAAGUUUCUGACAAGGAGGUUUAUCAGUGAAUACGACCCCAACUUGGGUAAGGACCCACCCACUGCUCCCCGUUCCUCUGGCUGUGUCCCAUUGGACUCUCCCCUGCACACCCACGUACACUGUGAGGACACCUACAGCUCCGAGGAGACCGUGGACCACCAGCCUGUCCACCUGAGGGUCAUGGACACUGCAGACCUGGACACCCCCAGGAACUGUGAACGCUACCUGAACUGGGCCCACGCCUUCCUGGUGGUGUACAGCGUCGACAGCCGCCAGAGCUUCGAGGGCAGCAGCAGCUACCUGGAGCUGCUCGCUUUGCAUGCGAAGGAGACGCAGCGCAGCUUCCCGGCUCUGCUGCUGGGCAACAAGCUGGACAUGGCCCAGUACAGGCAGGUCACCCAGGCUGAGGGCGCCGCCUUGGCAGGCAGGUUCGGGUGCCUGUUUUUCGAGGUCUCUGCCUGCCUGGACUUUGAGCACGUGCAGCAUGUCUUCCACGAGGCGGUACGGGAGGCGCGGCGGGAGCUGGAGAAGAACUCCCUGGCCAGGCCUCUCUUCAUCUCGGAGGAGAGAGCUGUGCAUCACCAGGCCCCACUCACGGCCCGCCACGGGCUGGCCAGCUGCACCUUCAACACACUUUCUACCGCCAGCCUGAAGGAGAUGCCUGCUGUGGCACAGGCCAAGCUGGUCACUGUGAAGUCAUCCCGGGCUCAGAGCAAGCGCAAGGCACCCACCCUGACGCUACUGAAGGGCUUCAAGAUCUUCUGAGGGCCCCUGCUCAGGACGCCAAGCUUGGCACUGGGCGGUCUGCCGGGCAGGGGCUGGCUUCUCACCACCAGCUUUCCUUCUGAUGGAAUAGUAGCCCUCCCCAUCCGGUGGACAGCUGACGCCUCCUCCAGCGCCAGACAGUGUCCCUGACACCCAGAUCACUGUAGGAGCCGUAGGGACAGACAGGAAUGCUGCUCCUGUUCCCUCCAGGCCUUAGUUUCCAUGGUAACCAUUGUAUCCCUCACCCUGAAGGAAACGCCACUGUGACAACGUGGAGACCUGGCGUCAGCUGGAAAUGGAAGAAAAUUGCAAUAGCCACCUUGGUGCCAUCACCCUCUUUCCUGCUCCAGCUCCAGCCUGGCCUGAUGUGGCAGCCCCUAGGGGACGGCUCUGGGUGGACAGCUUCAUGAGGCCUUCAUGAGGCUGGAGAGCAGCCCACCCUAAAGUCCCAGCACCUCCUGGUGGACGGGCAGGACAGGGCAGGGGCAGGUUUUGGGGGGCUGGAGCCUGACCCUCCCCUUGUCUUCUGACCUCGCAGAACCCCCAGGCCACAAACCCCAGAGUUUAUUCAAGUAAAAUCUAGUUGAGAAGUCCUUCCCAGCCUGUGAGAAGCAAAGGUGUCUGGGGAAGGGCUAUUUCCAGUGCUUUGCCUCUCAGUGAAGGUGGAGGGGAAGCGCUGCAGGCUGCCCAGUGCAGGGAGCCUCCGGGGUGUUUCACCGGGAGGCAGGGCCCCUGUAUUUUCCAACCUUAAGUCAAGGACUCUGUCCACAGACCCUCAGGACCAGCCUUCUCAAGUUGACUGAUCAAAACUGCAGAAUAAAGUCGUCCUCUCCAAUGACAAUCACCCAGAACCCCAGGGAGCCCACACUGGGUGUACCAGGCAUCCAGUAAGGAGAAACGGUGUUCUGUGCAUUCUGUCUCUAGUCUGGGACGGCAGGACCUCGGACCUUUGGUAACGGGUCUGUGUGUUCAAAGUCCCCUUUUGUAAGAUAGAACCUACAGCAUUGUUUGGUUCAUAAAUUUUGCAUAAAUUAUUUGGGGUUGCCACCCCAGCUUGUGCUGCAACACGGUGGUUCACACAUGGGAUCAAGACACUCCUCUGGGAUCCCGUGGUUAGUAAGAGAAAGGCCUCAGAGGCAGGGGGUUUCAUGGUUUUCUAGCUCUGUUUACCGCAGGGCCCCUGCAGUCCAAAGGAAGUCUUUCAUGGACUUGGCAGAUCAGCAGGUAAAGGAGAGGGCUGUCCACUAAUAAAAAUAAAUGAAAAAUAAAAUAAAAUAAAAAAAAAAAAAAAAAAAGGAGAGGGCUGCAGUGGAGAGCAGGGAGUGUAUAUAUGCAAAGUCACUUCAGUCGUACCCGACUCUGUGUGAUUGUAUGGACUGUAGCCCACCAGGCUCCUCUGUCCAGGGCUUCCCUGGUGGAUCAGAUGGAGAGAAGGGAGGGGAAAGGAAUUCUGAGCCCAGAACCCUGACCCUUCCUCACUCAGCCCUUUCAGGAGCUUGGAUUGAAAACAAGAGCUCCAACCCAGGUUUCAGCCACAUUCUACAGAGGGAGAAGCCGAGGUCAGAGGGAGGCUGGGAACUCCUCAAGACCACGUGAGGAGUCUGACCAGGCUUCCUGACCCACAGGCUGGCUCUGGAUUUCGCACUUUCACUCCAAGCCACUUAUGUGUGGCCCACCGCCAUUUGAACAAACUAUGCAAUUCCAACUGCCCACAUCCAGAAGCAUUUUAAUAAAAAGAUUUUGUUCAUUUUUUUCAAAA